CUAAACCCUGCGGAGAGGGGGUUAACAACAACGGGACUAUGGCUGCAGUGGGUCCGCUGUGGAAGAAGGUCCAGUCUUUCAGCGGUCCGGUUCCACGGUCCAGGCAUGGACACCGUGCGGUGGCUAUUCGCGAACUGAUCAUCGUCUUCGGAGGAGGAAACGAAGGGAUCGCUGAAGAACUGCAUGUUUACAACACCGUGUGCAAACAGUGGUUCCUGCCUGCAGUGCGGGGCGAUAUCCCUCCUGGCUGUGCAGCGCAUGGCUUCGUCUGCGAGGGGACCCGGGUCCUUGUUUUUGGGGGCAUGGUGGAGUAUGGGAAGUACAGCAACAGUCUCUAUGAGCUGCAGGCAAGCCGAUGGCUGUGGAAGAAGCUGAAACCUCGCCCUCCGAGGAACGCCCUGCCCCCCUGUCCCCGCAUCGGACACAGCUUCACCCUCUGGGGGAAUAAGUGCUACCUGUUCGGGGGAUUGGCCAAUGACAGCGAGGACACCAACGGUAACAUUCCCAGGUACUUGAAUGACUUCUACGAGCUAGAGCUGCAGGCGUCGUCGGGGGUGAAGGGCUGGAACGUCCCGGAGACGAGGGGCGGGGGACCGUCCGCCCGCGAGUCCCACACAGCGGUGGUGCACUGCAGCAAGGGCAGCUACUCUCCCAAACUCUACAUUUUCGGCGGGAUGAGGGGACAGCGGCUGGCGGACCUCUGGCAGCUGGACAUCGAAACCAUGACCUGGUCGACGCCUGAAACCAAAGGACCGCCUCCUCUUCCUAGAAGUCUGCAUUCUGCCAAUGUUAUAGGAAACAAGAUGUACGUUUUUGGAGGCUGGGUCCCCGUGGUGAGGACAGAGGACAAGCCCAAUGCCCUAGGAGCCGAGUGGAUCUGCACCAACUCCCUGCACGAGCUCAACCUUGACACCAUGACCUGGCGGUCCCUGGGGCCGGAGAGGCAGCAGGACGAGGCGAAGGCCAGCGGGCCUCGGGCCCGAGCGGGACACUGCGCCACCACCAUCGGGUCCCGCCUCUACAUCUGGAGCGGCCGCGACGGCUACAGGAAGAGCUGGAACUACCAGGUGUGCUGCAAGGACCUGUGGUAUCUGGAGACAGAGAGGCCCUCUACCCCGGCACCAGUGUUUUUGGUGAAAGCUACCAUUAGCAUGCUUCAUGUGGCAUGGCGCCCCCUGCCUGCAGCUGAUAGUUACUUGCUCCAGCUGCAGCCUGUGACCCCCUCCCUGGCCCCGCCUUCACGGGCCUCUGACACACCCACAGCUCAGUCUAACAUCGGUGUGGACAUGGGGACGGAGCCUCUGCACAGGUCAACAGGAAUUCAGCCUCCCCAAAACGCAGACUGCUCAGCCCAGAGUGAACACGUGCAACAGGAGAGAGUGAGUGCACCCCCUGGCCAGGAGCCACGUUCCUCUGAAGCAGGGGACCAAGGGGAGACUCCCAUGGAGGUGUUGGAGAGCGGUAAUGCCCUUCAGCCUGAGUGCCCGCCCAAAGAGGACGACAGGGUAUCCUUGACCAAAGAGAUUCAGGACUGUGCUCCCUCUACAAGCGACCCCAAGCCCUCGACGAGCGAAGACCGGGGGGCCACCGUCAGCGGACCGCUUCCUCAUCAAGAUCCAAGUCAUGUCACAGCCACAUCUGCAACAGCUACCCCUGUUCCUGCAGCCAUCCACCCAGACAUGGCGUCUUCAACAAAUGGCAGGUCACAUGAUGCUCCAUGGUACGAUGUUGGAAUGUUCAAAACCCUCUUCUCGGAAGUCACUCACUACUACGCCCUUCCUCCAGAAAACGACCAGGGGACAAUGAAGCCCAGUGACCCGCAGGACUAUGAAGGCAGGGAGAAGCACGAGCUGGCACCUGGCGUCACCUACAGGUUCAGAGUGGCAGGAAUCAACUCUUGUGGGCAGGGCGACUUCAGCCCUGUCAGCGAGCUCAAGACCUGCCAGCCCGGCUUCCCCGGAGCGCCCUCUGCUGUCAAGAUCACCAAGGCUGGCGACUCGGUCCACAUCACUUGGGAGUCCCCCAACUCCCCGUCGGGUAAAAUCCUGGAGUACUCCAUGUACCUGGCAGUUCGGAAGACCCGCUCCAACAGCACGGCCGACCCCCCCGGCCAGCUGGCCUUCAUCCGGAUCUACCGCGGCACCAAGACCUCCUGCACCGUCACCUCCACCCACCUGAGCAACGCCCACAUCGACUGCUCCGCCCGCCCCGCCGUGGUCUUCCGCAUCGCCGCCAAGAACGAGCAGGGCUACGGCCCGGCCACGCAGAUCCGCUGGCUCCAGGAUACAAGCAAACUCAAAGCACCGCAGUCGCACCCACAGCUCAAUGCUGCAGAUCAGUUUGGACUGGAAACGCCAAGCAGCUCCGGCUCUUGAGAAAAUCAAAGCCCAGAUGUCAAACUCAAGCGUAUUUGGAGCAGCAAUCACAAAGCAUGAUAUUAAACCACUAAAAUAGUUUUAUACCUAUUUUUUUUACUUUUAUUUUUUUGCUGUACAUAUAUACAUAUACAUAUAUUUUUUACCAGGAUUUAGACCAAUAUUGUGGUUAAUGAACUGCAGCACUGAAUUUUAUUCCAGUCCGUUUGUCUUAGAUUUUUGUCUGUAUGUGAGUGCAUGUGAAAGCUGUUAGUGACUGUUGGUGUCCACUUCCAUUUCAUGAGUUCUGAUGCUAAUCGGCCAGAGAACUUUUAAUUUCCUGACACCUGAUGUGCGCCAAUGUUUUUGUGCCUUAACAUUUAGUUGGAGGAAUAUGGGGGCUGUCACCAUGUCUGGCCCUGCCCACACAUGCAAGCCCAACUUGGCUGAAGCCCAGCCCACUAGAGGUUGCACCUCUUUGACCCAACAAGCAGUUGUUUGAGAAUGGUCUGAUUGAAUUUCAGAUUCAUAAUUUAUAAUUUCUUUGUGUCAUAAGUAGACUAUCGGUCACCCUCAUUUCAGUCAGAGGAACGGUUAUUUCUGUGUAGUAGUACGGAGUCUUUGUAUUUUAACUUUUUAGUUGUUAAAUUAUGUCGUUAGUGUCAUUUCUCUUAGUGCACUUUGAACUUUUGUACACAAAUAUGAUGUGAAACUGAGACUUUCCAUGAACUUUGAGGGGGGUGUACCAACCGUGGACAUUGGAUGUACCAAUGUUAUUUUGCUGGCUUGUCGAUAGAUAUAAUGGAAGCCAUUAAAUGGUAUAGGGGUCUGAUAAAUUGCGCAGUAUGUGGCCUUUUUGUAAUUAAACUGCGCCAGGAUCCACAAGCCCCUGUACUGUAAUGGUCAGCAGCACAUGCUUGUUUGUGUAUAAACAGCAUUGCAUAAAAGGCUGGUGUAAAACUAGUUUUGGCCCCAGUGCCCAGUGAGAGAUGCAUAGGCCUACAAUCUGCAGUUUCCAGGAGCAAAAAUGCUGCAACCUCACGCCUCACACCCAAAUGCCUUUCCAUCUCCACCGCAGAGAAAGGCGUAUAUAAUAAGAAAGAUUGGUUUGGUGACCCCUGUAAUUUAGCAAUCGCUCUGAUUCCAGAAGGUUCCGGAUUCUGUCCGCAGUGGAGUUGGAGUGGCACCAGAGACUGUGAAAGUGGUCGCGAAACUGAUCUGGGAACAGUGGCCAGCGAGCCUUCCAGGCCUGCACACAGCCUCCUUUGCGCCUUCUGAGAGACAUUUUAGUUUUGUGCGCUAUGCAAUAUGGAUGUUGCAACUGAAAGAAAAGCUGCAAGUACCCAGACCAAGGCAUCACUUGUGCCAAAACAUCAGCCAUUUUCCAUUCCAAAUAAGGGCAAACUGGGGCACGUCGCGACUACUCUUUUUAAGAACGACUGUCGUUUGGACUAACAACUGCACAACGAGCAGGGGACAGAAUUUGUCAAGAACAUGUUCGUUUUUCUUCCAGCCUGUUCCCAGUUUACUCUAACAGAACAAAACAUGGGCUUCCAAGAUGCCAUCCUCCAUCUUUUUUUGUGGUUGCUCAGAAAAUCUAGUUAAGAGAC